AUGUAUUCAACUUCCGGCGGUAAAACUAAAAUUUCACACAUGUGAAAGUCAAAAACAAUGUCAAUAAUAAAUUCCUUGUUUCUUCCUCGCUUAUUAAGCCGUCAACUCGGCACUUUAACUCGUUUUCAUCCCACGGUCUCACUUCGCCCUAUUUUAAGACAAUCUUUAUCCCCUCAUGCAUGUGUUUUCAUACAACCCCUAUCGUGUUUGACGUCGAAACAUUCAUCAUCUCAACAAGGUUUGUUUUCUCCGGGACACCAACAGACAAGAUGGAAACCGGCACCACUUUACAGAAGAAAGAGUUCUCAGGAACAGAUGGAUCCAAGGAUCAUUUACAUGGUUUACGCUUCCAUAACCAUUGGUGCUCUACUUCUCGGCACUAUUUUGUUUUCUCGCCUGAAAAUUAUGUACAAAAAAUUUGUUCAUGAUAUUGACACUUAUUACGAUGCACCUUUCGGUCGACGACAGAAGCUGAUAAAAUACAAAGGGGUUGUCCUACCCGCAAUGUUAGAAAACGAUUUACCUAAGAUUCGAGACUUUGACGUUAGACCAGAUGACGUGUGGGUAGUGUCUUGGCCACGGUCAGGAACUACAUGGGUUCAAGAAAUUGUCUACCUCAUCCAUUCAAAUCUUGACAUUUCACAAGAAGAAGAGAAAAACAUUGAACAACGAUUCCAUUUUCUUGAAAAUAUUUAUCCUGGAUUGCCUGCCAUAGCUGCUAAGGAAUCGCCUCGACUGAUCAAAAGCCAUUUGCCCUUCCAUCUCCUUCCAGAACAGCUUUCAACAGUCAAACCAAAUAUAAUUUAUGUUGUUAGAAAUCCAAAGGAUAUUCUAAUUUCAUACUACAACUUCCUAAAAAUGUUGACACCUUUGAAAUUUGUUGGAACAUUUGAAGAAUUCUGUGAUAGAUUUACCAAAGAUAAAGUGUAUUAUUCCCCAUGGGGUAAACAUGUGAGAACUGCUGUGGAUUUGAACCAACAACAUCAUAACAUCCUCAUUGUUCAGUAUGAAGAUUUACAUAAGGAUCUUGCUGGAAAUGUGCAGCGUAUUGCCAAAUUUCUUGGUAAGGAGUUAACACCGGAACAAUUGUUGACUAUUUGCCAGAGAUGUCUGUUUAAGAAUAUGCGCCAGAAUAAAAGUGUCAACUACUCGUGGUGGGACGGCUAUGGGAUCCGAGAUCAAACCCAGACACAAUUUCUUCGGCAAGGUAAAGUUGGAGAUUGGAAGCAUUAUUUAACACCAUUUUUCAGUCGAAGAGUUGAGAAAAUGGUGAAAGAUAACUUAACAGAUGCUAACCUAAAUAUUGAAUAUGAAUUGACUGUUCCAUCAACCGUGGAGUGACAAGAUUAUAAGUUAACUACACAAGCGUACACAAUAUUGACAUCCCUUCAAGGGUGGAAUAUAUACACCAGAAAAACCAGGAAACCAGCCUUUUGAUCCUUACCAAGUAAUGUGGACUAACCAUUGUUUACCACUGGUCUAAUUUGCUGGGCAUCUGCACUACCAGAAUAAAGCAGAAUAUAAUGAAAGAUCUUGUUGAGAGUCAGUGGUAAGCAUUGAUGUUUCUUUGAAGUUUCUUGUCUCAGUUAUUAAGCAUAUAAGCAUUCUCCAUGCUUCAAAUAAUAUAACUAUUACUGCAUUUUGCAAAGACAACCUGAAGAUUUGGUGCAUCCUGAAAUUCUGUAGUUGCCAUAUAGCUACCAAUUCUAUUGUUUAUUCUCAAAGUUGUAAUACUUUUAUGGUAAAACUGUUCUCAAGUUUGAAAUAAGCCUUCUUUGAGACUCUCUUGUUCUUUUGAUAGCAGCAGUCGACAUCCUUACACCAAUCGAAAUCUUUGAGCCAAAUGGCUCUCCUUAAAACUUUCAAUUUAUGAUUAAAUCUCAAGAAUUCAAUUUCAUUGCAACACAGAUCAUACUGAAGCCAAAAAUUGGAACUUACUAGUGGAUCAUGUCAUUAGGUAAUGCUUGUUGAUCAUUCCAGUGGAUUAUUCCUGUGUUCUUCCCUCCACAGUGAGAAUGAUAAACUAUUAUAGUGUCAGGAGACAAAGUGAAAUGCGGAAGAGGCUGUGUGGUAAGAAGCUGCUUUCCAACCACAAGGUUUCAGGUUUGGUCACUGCAUGACACCUCAGGCAUAUAUAUAUAUAUAUAUAUAUAUAUAUAUAUAUGACUUUGAAAUCUCCUGCAACUCUUCUGGACGGUCUCCUUGUUUAAGUUGGUGAAUGCUGCCAUAGUCCUUGCCUUCAGUUCAUCUUUAGUGUUACAAGGAGUUUUGUUGGUCUCUUGCUCAACUGCACUCCACACAUAAUAAUCAAGGGGGCUGCAGUCUGGGGAGUUAGGUGACCAGAUGUUAAGGGUGAUGUGGUCACAGAAAUUGUCUGACAGCCAUGACUGAGUUCUCCUACUUGUGUAGCAUUGUGCAGAGUCCUGUUGCCAGACAUAGGUUCUUCCAGCAGCCACCCUCUUGACUCAGGGUAGCACUACCUCCUCCAGGCAUUUGAUGUAGGCUCCAUGUUGAGUCUAAGACCGUGUGGGAAGAUGAAUGGAGACAUAACGUCAUCAUCACUAGUGAUCACUCCAAACACCAUGAUGUUGACUAGAUGUUUGACUUUUAUCACUCUCGGUACAUGUUCUGUCCUCAGAUUGACACCCAAACACUCUGAAAUAUUUGUAUUGGAGCUUUCAGCACAAAUGCCAAGCAGUAUUACAUGUUGUUUCCAAAUUUCUGGCAGAGUGAAUUGCGUUAUGGUUCUGUUUUUCUCACAGACGGUGCCCAACUGACCCUACUACACUGUGUAGUCAACAAAAUCUAAAACAAACAAUGCGCAAAAUUAAAAAUAUAAAAUGGCAACAAUUUACCCAU